GCAUGAGUGAAGUCCCGCUGUGGAAUGUGGAAGAGCUCAUCUGACAUACACCUGCGACUCUCUGCCUUCUUUUAAGCUAUUUUUCUACUGUAUUGACAAGGCUACAUCGUGUUUUAUUAUACCGUAUGUUUUUAUUCAAAGACGUAUAUUUUAAUAUCGUUAUACUUUGUGUUUAUAUCUCCUGACAACUAUAAACGACACACCUGUGACGUUACACACCUGUGCGGAAGCCCCGUCAAACAUUUAAUUGGGUGGCAGAGGCACACUCGAGUGAUAGACAGUGUUUCUGGCCAAUAAGAUCACCGGAAAGGCGGGGCUACAUCUCAGCACGAUGACGCAAGUGUUUGCCUUAAGAUGAGACAACAGGGCGAAACUUGGUUGACGUAGCACAGCAACAUCGUAUCAAAGUUGAUUAGCUGUAAUUUAGACUAAUUCGGGACUUUUUUGCUUAACGAUUACGUUAUAUAUAACUGUCGACAGAAGGAGAUAUAUAUUAUAUAUUUUUAUUUUUGAUUCUGGCAGUCUUUAACGCAUGACGCGCGUAAUGAAGCGCUCGUGAUCAGCUGAUGCGUCUCACAAACGAAGUUUUUUUGGCUUUGUAAUAAAUAUAAAAGCACCUUGUGGUUCUCCAGAAGAGCACAACGUCUUAAUAUUUGAAAACACGGAGUUCUUAUUAAGCCGGUAAGAAGAUUAAAGUCAUGACGGGUAGAGAGGACGAGUAUGACUAUCUCUUUAAAGUGGUUCUGAUUGGAGACUCUGGUGUGGGCAAGAGUAACCUGCUCUCUCGCUUCACCCGAAAUGAGUUCAACCUGGAGAGCAAGAGCACCAUCGGGGUGGAGUUUGCCACACGCAGUAUCCAUGUGGAGGGCAAGACCGUCAAGGCCCAGAUCUGGGAUACGGCUGGACAGGAGAGAUACAGGGCCAUCACAUCAGCGUAUUACAGAGGUGCCGUAGGAGCCCUGCUGGUGUAUGAUAUCGCCAAGCAUCUGACCUAUGAGAACGCUGAGCGCUGGCUGAAGGAACUGCAGGAUCAUGCUGACAGCAAUAUUGUCAUCAUGUUAGUAGGGAACAAAAGCGACCUGCGCCAUCUGAGGGCUGUUCCUAUGGAUGAAGCCAAAGCGUUUGCAGAGAAGCAUGGACUUUCUUUCCUGGAGACCUCAGCGCUGGACUCUUCUAAUGUUGAACUUGCAUUUCAGACCAUUCUUACAGAAAUCUACCGUAUCGUGUCCCAGAGGCAGAUGUCAGGGCGUGGCGAUGACAGCUUCUCCCCCAGCUCCAAAGUGGUUCCCAUUACUGUACAGCCCACACAGAAUUCUGGCAAGCAGGGUGCCUGCUGUCAGAAUAACUGAUCUGCCACAGCGCCACCAUGGGAUCCGGGGAAAAUCGACAACUUUGCUGGGCUGGGCUGCGAGGUUGACCGUGACCGUCCGACUGCGUUGUAUUCCCUUCGCGUGGUGUGGUUAACAUAUGUAACGGACUUACUUAGUUAUGCCCAGAAUCAGUGAGUAAUAAUGUUCAAAAUUGGACAAUAAGGGAUGUUGAAAUUGAAUGGAUCAAACAUUUUCUCAGAACUAAGAGGCCACGCUUCUUGUUUCAGACUAAUUAGAAAUGAGCAGUUAGCUGGGGCGCUCAGACAUGGCUGCUUUUUUCAUACUUUUUGUCACAGACAGUCUGCUUACAAACAAUGGGCUGGAAGAACGAGAAAAAGUGCAGAAUGUGUAAUGCUACCUUUAAAUAACUCUUGAAUGGUUUCUGAUCACAAUGGGGAUCCACUAGUGAAAUUAAUAUUUUUUUCUUUUAGUGUGCCACCGUCUUACAGUCUUCACUUUAGUCUGACAACUUUUCCAUGCAUCUGUAUUCCAGAGAAAAUCACACUAUGGUCAUCAUAGCGUUCGGUCAGUUCUUACACAGAUGCCACUGUAACGGCUCUUUUGUAUUUAUUGAAUGCAAAUAUGAUCUUAUACUGUGGUAUUUUUGCUUUCUUUUGUCAUGCUUCUGUGAACGUUUUUUUUUUUUUUUUUUUUUCUAUCACUAGAUUAUUGAUCGGAAUUUCUCAAGGGUUUCUUCUUCCAGUCAUGGCACUCAUUUGUACGAGCGCUGGGAGUGUUUUCUGUGGAUCAGAGUAAUGUUGAUAGGUUAAGCUAAUAGACAGAUGUAUGUGCUGUAGUGUUUGAGUAUAAGUGAGUAGGAUAUUCAGAUUCAGGGUUGGGAAUUGUUAUCUGGUUCUCAAAAAACAAAACUUACCAAAUUAUUUUCAUGCAGCCUGUUAUCAAUUUUUGAAUGUAUUCAUUCUUCUGCAUCGGCAUGAUAAAAUAUUCAGAAAAUAUACAAUAUAUGCAUUAAACAUGUCUGAUGGCAUAGCGAUCAUUAUGCAUCUUAUUUCAUGUCAAUUAUGAAUUUAAAAUCAGCAAUAAACUUUCAGGCACAUGAUUUUUGUUUCCCCACUUAAAAAGUUUGGAAACUCACCUUUUGUCCUGUAUAUUUCUUAUGUGAAGCUUCCCCCACAAAAAAUAUAAUAAUAUAUUACAAUAAUGUUGUUAUUAUUAUAUUAUGGGUAACACAUUACAAUAAGGUCUCAUUUGUUAACAUUAAUGUAUUAACAAUGAGCAAUACAUUUGUUACAGUUUUUAUUACUCUUUGCUCUUGUUAGUUCACAGUGCAUUAACUAAUGUUAUCAAAUACAACUUUUGAUGUUAAUAAUGCAUUAGUAAAUGUUGAAAUUAACAUUACUAAGAUUAAUAAAUGCUGUAGAAAUAUUGUUCAUUCUUAGUUCAUGUCAACUAAAGUAGUUAACUAAUGAAACCUUAAUGUAAAGUGUUACCAUAUUAGGUUAUUCAUUUAUGAUUUGUUAUUAUGGUUCUGUUAAAAAUUAACUUAAUUUCACAACAGACUUGUUAAGAGGGUAAACAAUGGAAUAUAAAUUUUCCAAACAUCAUCCAUUCUUUGAUUUUCCUCAGAAUUACUAAAAAAGAACCAAAAUCAUAAAGAAGAGUUCAUCCAUAAAAUUAAAAUUGAUGCAAUUUUUGAUAUAUGUGUGAACUAUUCCUUUAAAUACCCUACGAUUCCCAUCCCUACUGAUGCAUGUCAGGCACUUUUUCUGCUUUAUCUCUUUAUUUUAUUGUACUUUCUGCGGCUCAGUGGACAUUUGCAUGAUUAGUUUUACUUUAGCUGGUUUCUGGGUGUUGUCUUUUGACAGUCUUUUUUUUUUUUUCUGCUUGGAAAAUGAGCGGCAGGUGGAAUUCAGUUCUCUAAGAGGAACUUCCAUCAUUGGGUACAUUGACCAUAUUAUAUUGCAAGGCAGGGGAACUGAUGGCUUGUGAUGUACUGCUGAGGUUUUCUUACUGGAAGCAAAUUCCUCGCUGGCCACCCUUGUUAUCUGCAACAUGUAACCCGAAGAGCAGCAGGUCUCUUGAGAUCUCACUCACUGUCCCAGCUUUUCUGUCUUCUACACUUUGUGUGGUUUUAUCUUUGUAUACAUUUGCUGUGGCGUUCAUAUUCUCCUCGCCUCAGGACGGGACCGCGGGGGUCGUGUUUUUUGGCUUUAUUUUUAUAGUAGUGUUGUAAUUUGUUUAAAGACACGACACGAGGUGCUUCCCUAAAUGCCUUGCCUGAAAGAUUUAUGCUAAUGCCAUCAAUCUGUUAUGCUGAAUAUCAGCCGUUUAGCUGGAGUCGUUGAUAAUUACUGCUUUGGGAAGAUUCUGUCAUCGUGCCUGUUCUUUUCCCAGUGGGGCUCCUGAACAAAGGCUCUGAAUACUGCAAAUACAUUUAUAUAUUUUCAAUGAACAUGGAUGUUUAUCAGCUGUUGGGUUUUUUAACUUGGGUUUACAUAGACACUUGGAAGCUUGUGUAUUUUUCAGGGUUCCCAGUGACUUCCACAUGACCUUUCCAGUCGUUCUUGAAUAGUGGAAAAUCAUGGUAUACAGAGAUUGCACUCACAAAGAGCAAUUUCUAGUUGAUGAAAUAUUUAUGAGCUUUUUGAAAUGUUAUUAAUUUCCAUGACUUUUCCAGGCAAUUUUAAAAUUCCCUGAUACUUCCAUGAACGUGGGAACCAAUGUACACUUCUGUUUUUAAAAUAUUUGGUGUUUUUUAUUUUAUUUUUUGUUCAUCUUGCAGUUUUCUGUGUAUUUUAAUGACAUUUAUGAAUAAAAUCAGUUUUGUUUCAAAUCA